GUUGAUCUCCAAGAGGGACAGAUUGAACGAUCAACGGUCACAUAGCAACACAAUCCAAAAUGAAUCGACUAUUCGGAACAAAGAAUACGGCACCAAAGCCGACGCUCGAUGGGGCCAUUUCAAAUGUAGACAACCGCAUCUCCAGCCUCGACGUAAAACUCGCCUCUUUAAACUCUGAACUCUCGACCUACCAAGCCAAAAUCUCCAAGAUGCGCGAUGGUCCAGGCAAAAACGCACUCCGCCAAAAAGCCCUCAAAGUCCUGCAACGCCGCAAACAAUUCGAAGCACAGCGCGACCAACUCUCGCAGCAGUCCUGGAAUAUGGAGCAAGCGGGGAUGAUGCAGGAUAACCUGAAGAAUACAAUGACGACGGUGGAUGCGAUGAAGACGACGACGAAGACGCUGAAGAAGCAGUAUGGGAAGGUGGAUAUUGAUCAGAUUGAGAGGUUGCAGGAUGAGAUGGCGGAUUUGAUGGAUGUGGGAAAUGAGAUUCAGGAAAGUCUUUCGAGGGCGUAUGAUGUGCCUGAGGAUGUGGAUGAGGCGGAUUUGGAUGCGGAGUUGGAGGCGCUAGGGGAGGAGACGAUGUUUGAUAGUUCGAUGGGGGAGAGCGCGAUGCCUGGCUUCUUGCAGGAUGAGGUUGCACCGCCGCAGUUUAUUGAUGAGCCGCCGGAGGAGGCUAAGGUAAAGGAACCUGCUGGCGGGGCAGUAUGAGAAGGUUGUCCAUUGCAUACGAGACUUAUGAUGAAUGUUAUGAGCAAGGCUAUGGAGUUACGGCAUGUUGUAUUGUUUCUUUGAAUUGCUUGGGAUAUCUAUCUAGUCUUCUAUUCACAAUUGCUUUGACGGCAUGUUUUACACUUCCGGUUGUUCGAUUGCCUAGAGGUUAUUGGCUUUUCUCGUGCGUUUUGGUUUUAAGAUGCCUUGCCCAUUCCGAUUAAAACCAGCAAAGCUACGUUCAUGACUGCAAUAAUCAGCCAUAUAAGGACGCCAAGAAUACACACGAAGAUA